AUGAAGGGCUUCUGUCUGCGGUCCAAGUCUGAGAGUGAAGUCUGUAUCAAGAACCACAUUAUCAAGAUUCAGACUCAGUUCGGCACGAAAAUCAAGUUUGUUCGGCACGAUGGAGCGCAUGAGUUUGCGACCAACUCGAUCAAGACCUUCUACGAAGAUCAUGGUAUCGAACAACAGGUCACGGUGCCGUAUGCACACCAGACCAACGGCACCGCAGAACGCGCGAUAAGGACCAUCGUCACGAUCGGACGCAGCUUGUUGCAUCAUGCAAAGCUGGAGAAGUGUUUCUGGGCUGAAGCGGCAAUGACGGCGAUCUACAUCAAGAACCGCCUGCCUUCACCCAAGAUCGACCACAAGACUCCGUUCGAGAUCGUGUACAAGUCGAAACCAAGUGUCAAGCACAUGCGCGUGUUUGGAUGUCGGGCGCUUAUCCUGAAACCAAGGGAGAAGCGAUUGAAGUGGGACCCGAAGGCUCGUGAAGGGGUGUUCAUGGGCUACGAAGAAGCGUCAAAAGCUUAUCGAGUGUACGACAUUGGGGCGGACCAAGUGGUGAUCAGUCGUGACAUCACCUUCGACGAAUCGACUUUUGACUUUUCGAUGGACCGACCAAGUGACGAUGAUGAAGAUGCGGAGUUGGACCUCGACCUCCUGGCGAUCAACGAGGACGACGUGCGUCAAACCGUCUACAAGCAGACUGGCAAGCGCAAGAGUGAAGCAAGACCCGGCAUGUCACGUUCAGCUCGCCCUCGAACUGGGUUGGAACAAGCAAAAGAUGCAAGCGUCUACGAUCAAGAUGACGACUCGACGCCUCCAACAUUUUGGCGUGCAAGUGCAAACGCAGUGGAAGCAACGGACCUAGCAGAUCCUGUGACUUUUCAAGACGCGAUCAAUGGUCCUGAGCAAGCUCACUGGCGAAAUGCUGUGAAGGCGGAACUCAAGUCGAUGCACCUUCGUGGAGUUUUCCGUGCGGCAAAACUGCCAAGAGGUCAAGGCGCGAUCGGCACCAAGUGGGUGUUCAAGAUCAAGCGCAAAGCGGAUGGAUCGGUCGAGAAAUACAAGGCGCGUCUCGUUGCCAAUGGCUUCAAGCAGAAGUACGGCAUCGACUACACAGAGGCGUUCUCGCCCGUGGUCAAGUACGUGACACUGCGAAUGGUGAUCGCGAUCACCAAGUAUUUCGACUGGCCACUGGACCAACUCGAUGUGGUGACAGCCUUUCUCUACGGAGUGAUGAAGGAGAAGGUGUACUGCGUGAUACCAGAAGGCGUCGAGAUGGAUGGCGACUUCGACUGUCUCGAGUUGGUGAAGGCGAUCUACGGUCUCAAGCAAGCUUCACGUGUGUGGAACGAGACUUUCGACGAGUUCGUAUGCUCCAUCGGUUUCGAAGCGUCGGCGUUCGACCCAUGUCUCUACAUCAAGGUUGUCGACGGUCAUUGUGUGCUCGUGCUGGUCUACGUGGAUGACGUGUUGGUCACCGGCAGCUCGCUCGAGUUGAUUGCGCAGACGAAGGCCGACCUCAAGACGCGUUUCGAGAUGACCGACAGUGGCAAGUGUACUUUUGUACUGGGCAUCGAACUGGUGGAUGAAUCGGAUGGCAGCGUGACGAUGUGCCAGCGACGGUAUGUCAACGACAUCCUCAAGUGCUUCGGCAUGGAUGAGUGCAAGGCCACAGCAACUUUGAUGCACUUGACGACUGCGACGCGCCCGGACAUUGCGUAUGCUGUGGGGUACGUCUCGCGCUUCAUGGAGAAUCCGCAGCAAGAACAUGGGACGGCGGUGAAGCGCAUCUUUCGUUACUUGCAAGGGACCAAGUCGCACGGACUCCGCUUCCAGCCAAGCGACAAGAUCGACUUUCGUGGCUACUCGGACGCGGACUGGGCCGGCGACCACGCUGAUCUCAAGUCGACUUCGGGUUACACUUUCAUGCUGAUGGGUGCUCCUGAAGGCAAGUGGGUGCAUCGAUUUCUAUGCGAGAUUUUGGCGGCCGCAAACGAACCAGGACCGGGCCUCGUCAUCCGUGAAGACAACCAGUCGUGCAUCAAGAUGACGAAGAAUCCGGUGAAUCAUGGCCGCGCCAAGCACAUUGACAUCAAGUACCAUCACAUCCGUGAUGAGGUCAAGCGCGGUGAAGUGCAGCUCGAGUAUUGCGAGACUUCCGUGAUGAUGGCGGACAUCAUGACCAAGGGACUUUCGGGACCUCGCCACAAGGACUUGACGACGGCUCUCGGCAUUCGUGCGAGUUCGGAUUGA